CCUCGACGUCCAAACCAGUGAGUGCCAAGUGUGGUGACGCCCCAUCUUGCUGAAGGUAGAAGUUCGUCGUCUUGAUCUUGUUCGCGUUCCUGAGGUCUUACGCUAACAAGAAGAUGCCGAACAUGCACAGCAUGUACAGUUUCAUGCUGCCAGCAUGUUUCGUCCUGAUUCUAGCGAGCUCAAAUCUUCCUGCCGUUAUUGGAGGUAGGAGUGGUGGGAAAGCGCCCCUGAACACCUGUUACUAUGUGCCGGGAGUAGGUCUGGAUAUCGAAGAGAUUCCGGGAGAUCUCUGCACCAACGUCAUUUAUUCUUUUUGCAAUCUCUCUGCCGACACUUGGGAAGUGAUACCAGGCCAUCGUCAGUUUGACAUCGUGGAAGGAGGAUACAGAAGGUUCGUGGGACUGAAGGAGAAGUUCCCUCACCUGAGGACUGACGUCUCCAUUGGCGGUGGGGAGAGUGAUGCUCGCGCAUUUUCAACAAUGGCAGGUGAUAGGGCGAAGAGGGCCACUUUCAUCGCAAGCGUUGUCAAAUUCUUACGUGAACAUGGUUUCGAUGGUUUCGAUGUUGACUGGGAAUUUCCGAAGAUCAAAGAUAAAGAUAAUCACAAGAUUCUGCUUCAAGAGCUGAGAGAAGCCUUCGAUAAGGAAGACCAAGGCUGGAUGUUAACAGCAGCAGUACCAGCGGGAGGCCCCUGGGCAGGCAGUAUUUACAGCAUUCCCGACAUCUGCAGCACCCUCGAUGCCGUCUACAUGAUGACAUAUGAUCUCCGAACUGACAAGGGUGGAUUUGCAGACGUCCAUUCCAUGCUCUACCGCAGACCACACCUGGAUACUGGAAGCUACGAGCGCUGGAAUGUUAACGAUGGAGCCCUGUAUUACAUACAAAACGGCUGUCCCCGAAGCAAAUUGGUGAUUGGCGUUCCUUUCUAUGGCUACUAUUACUUUCUGAAAGAUCCAUCACAGCACGAACUUCACGCACCCACGGAGGGAGGAGGAACCAUCUCCUAUGCUAAGUUGUGUAAGAGAAUGAUCGAUGAAGCUGGUUGGGUUGAAGACUUCGAUGAGAUAGGCCUCGUUCCCUUCGCCUACAGGGGUAAAGACUGGAUCGGGUACGAAAACGUCAAGAGCCUUGAGCUGAAAAUGAAUUACAUCCGUGAAAAGGGUGUCUUGGGAGUCCUGAACUGGCAGUUGAGCCAUGACGACAAACUUGGACAGUGCAACGAGGGAACGUUCCCACUCAUGAAAACUGUCUACAAUGGUAUUCGAAACUACACUGUGCCAGUUUCUUCCAACUAGAAGCUCAAGCAAAGUUUUCCUUGAGAGAGAGAGAGAGAGAGAGAGAGAGAGAGAGAGAGAGAGAGCUUAAUUACAGCUACUUAAGAACCAUAAGAGAUGGCACGAGAUCGGUGGUCCAUAUAACUUUAUCCCAGUGGUGGAUCUAGAAAUCUUUCAUUGGGGGAGAGCACUUAGGAUAUAUAUAUAUAUAUAUAUAUAUAUAUAUAUAUAUAUAUAUAUAUAUAUAUAUAUAUAUAUAUGUGUGUGUGUGUGUGUGUGUGUGUGUGUGUGUGUGUGUGUGUGUAGUAUACACUCAAAUAUACUAUAUACACAUAUGCACAUAUAUAUUGUAUGUAAGAGAGAGAGAGAAUUAUAAUUGUGAAGAUUGUCACAUGGUUUCCAACAGAUAUAACUUUCACAAAAGAACUAAAAAUACAAACAGGAAACACACAUGCUAUUAUGCAAUAUCAAGUGUACAAACUCAGUAGUUUUAUUUUGUUGAUACACCUUUCCAAAGUUAAGUUUAAACUCUGGCAUUUUAUCCUUAACUACCUGCUUGUCAGAACAAUUUUAGCAAAUUAUAAUUUUAUAUAAAUUCUUUUAAUUGAUUCACAGGCGUCCACAAACUCUAAUU